UCACAGUCGGUUGGAAGCGGAGCGCAGAUGCUGAUGCUGGUGCUCAGAGGACACGGAGGGAUACAAGCAUCACCGGGAACCGACUGAAAUUAUCGGUAACAUGCGUCAGGACGGAUCCAUGCAGAUGGCCGCGCCACAGAAAGACGGAUCUGAUCAGAACUUUGAUUACAUGUUCAAACUGCUGAUCAUCGGCAACAGCAGUGUGGGAAAGACCUCAUUUCUCUUCCGCUACGCUGACGACUCCUUCACGUCAGCGUUUGUGAGUACGGUGGGCAUCGAUUUCAAAGUCAAAACCGUCUACAAGAACGACAAGAGGGUCAAACUGCAGAUCUGGGACACUGCCGGACAGGAGCGCUACAGGACCAUCACCACAGCGUACUAUCGAGGGGCCAUGGGCUUCAUUCUUAUGUAUGACAUCACCAAUGAGGAGUCAUUCGCAGCGGUGCAGGACUGGUCGACUCAGAUAAAGACGUACUCCUGGGACAGCGCUCAGGUCAUCCUGGCAGGGAAUAAAUGUGACAUGGAGGAGGAGAGAGUGGUGUCUGUAGAGAACGGCAGACUGCUGGCAGAACGGCUGGGUUUCGAGUUUUUCGAGACGAGCGCCAAAGACAACAUCAACGUGAAGCAGACCUUUGAGCGUCUGGUGGACAUCAUCUGCGACAAGAUGUCAGACAGCUUAGAGACUGACCCUGCCGUUACCACGGGAACCCAAGGGACCGCCCGGUUAACAGACAACCCACCUCCACUACAGCAACCUAACUGUGCCUGUUAGUCCUCAGCUUACAGCAGGGUAGCAUACGUGAGUGUGUGUGUGUGUGUGUAACGUACAUCCAGUAAACAGCAGAAGCAUCCUAUAAUGUCAUAGAGCAAAGAUACUGGAACAACUUAAAUCUGAGUCUGUCGCUCUGACAAGCAGAAUUGUUCCUUCUGUAAGCUCCACCCACCUUGCAGUAAAACAAGACAGUAGAGACAUCAAUAGCAAACCAACACAACGACACACACACCUUUCAGACAUUUUUGUAGUUCUGGAAUUCUUGCCAAUAAAGAUUUAGCGUUUGGAAAUUUGAUUUUGUUUUUGCAGCGCCUGUAAUAUCCGCUGCUUUACUUAGGGCGUGAGUGUAGUGUAGAGACGAAUAAAUAUGAAUAAUAUGAAUAUAAAUAUGAUGUUAUCUAUAUAGAUAUGAUGCUAUGUGUAGUGUACAUAUAUUUGUAUAUACAUCAGUACAAACAUAUAAUGUGGAUUUUUGAGGAGCUGUAAAAUACAGACGAACAAAAGUGUCUUAAAUGUUUCUUUGAUCGUUGUUAAUGAAUCAGAUGUAUUUAUCAAAACAAACUUUACCGUGAGAAAAGUAUAUGCGUUCAGGAGCUGUGUGUGUCCUUAAGAUUUUCCCAAACCCUUCUUUCUUUAACAAUGUCAGACCUUUUAUUCGAAGGCUAUAAAGCUACUCCGUAGAGGACGGGUGGCUUUUAGCAUCUCUGAUCUCAUUUUAUGCUCUCGGCCAAACAGUGAUUUUAGAUGUUGAAAGCAACUUGUGUCACUGAGAUGACUCAAUGGAGCUCGUAAAAAGAUGCAAAAAUAGCCAAGGAAAUGUGCCACUUUAUCGUUCCUUUAUAUCACAGCAAACGAAUCGCUACGCAAGAACCGUUCUAGAAUGAACACGUCUGUGUCAUUUCACACCAGGAUCAAAAGAAAAAAUGAGAAAUUGUAUGUUGCAUAAAUAUACUCUAAAAACAGCUUUUUUUCUUGAAGCAGAAUUUUGAUUUGGGAGUGAAGAUGACGCCAGACAGUCACAUCAUGUUUCAUUUGUGCUUUUGUUCCCAGAGUUAUUAUAAUCAAAGUAGAAUUGAUGUCAGAAUAGAAAAAACAAACAAACAAAAAUCCACAUUUAAUGAUAUUAAAAAUACAUGGUGUUUAUAUGUGUGGUCUUGUGCGUGUAGUACUUAAGAAAAGUUUCUAUAAUAUUAGGCCGACCAUAUCCGGCACAAUCAGAAACAGAUGACAGAUUUACUGUAGAUGAAAUUCAGCGGUCCGUGUAACGCUACUAGAUAUCAGUGUGUCCUGAGAAUAUUAAAAAACAGUACAAAUCUAUCUUGUUCCCUCACCGCAAGCCACGGUUAGCAUCAGCCCUGCAUGAAUCUGUAUGGCAUCUCUUAUAUUCUAUAACUGUAUCUGUAUAAUCUUAUUUAUUUAUUCUAUAAUGUGUCCCUCAUGAUGGGGGUCGCAGUGGGCCAGCAAGUGCAAUAUUUCUAAACGCUCUCUUGUACAUAGAUGUGUGUGUGUGUGUGUGUGUGUUUGAAGCCACAGAGUGACUGAGAUGAAAAAAACAACGACAAACAUCUUUUUGUGCCAAGCUGAUUUUGCACAAAAUCUUAACCAACAUUCAGAUUUUUCUUGUGUUAUAUAAGUGUGUGAAUGAGUGUGUGUGUGUGUUUGUGUACAUACUUCCUGUGAACAAAAGUAAACGUGUGCGUUGUCACCAAAUAAAUUCUGUAGUUUACUUGGUGUGUGUGUGUGUACAUUUCAUCAAAUUUGAGCAUGUAUAGGGCUAUAAUAUCUGCAGUCGUGUGUCAGAGGCAGGUACAGUUUGUUUUGGAGCAUUCAGUAGUUUUAUACUAGCUGCUAUAAUAGCACGCAUGAUUUUUUUUCUGUAAAUAAAAAGUUUAUGGAAAUGGAAACGUAAAAUGCACAUAAAAUGUACUGUGUUGCUAUGUUUACAUUCAAUGAUGGUGUCCGAUGUUAAGGAAUAAAAAUUUGGUCGUCAUUUAUUCACCCUCAUGUUGUUCAAACCUGCAUGAGUCUCUUAUCUGUAGAACACAAAAGAAGAUAUUUUGACAAAUGUCUUGGUGGUUUUGUGUCUGUACAGUGAAAGUCAAUAGGCACAUUGUUGUAUAACCAUGGUAUGUUGAUAUGUACUCAUGAAUUUUAAUGAAUGUUUAUCAUUUUUUGUUUUUUAUUUUCAUGUUUGUUUGGGCUUUUGAAACUUUGAAUUUAACAUUAAACAUAUUUUCAUUUACCACAAAUCCCCUGAUGUAGCAUAAACAAACAUGUUGACCUUGUUUUUAAGGCUGUAUAUUGCUGUCUAUUCAGUGCCCUCAAAAUACAAUAGGUUUAUUUGAAAUGUGACCCCGCCUGAUAAACCCAACUAAAGUCUUUUUGAAUGAUUUCCCUAUUCUUACAAAAAAUAAUUUGAUCAAAAAUAAUUUUACAUAAUGUAUCUUUAAUAUUGACUAAGACCAUGUCAAAGAUUGAAAUCAUAAUGAAACUCCUGAUUCCAUAAUUAUGAGACUUGGAUUUCACAGACAGGGUCACAAAUUAUAGAAAUGUAGAAAAAAAUCUAUAUUAACAUCUGUUGGAUUUCUGUUAUUUCUGACAUAUUGAAGGAUUUAGAGUUGAUUUGCGGUGUGUGUGUAUGACAGAGAUGUACUGCUGAAAAUACCAAUAAAUAUUCAUAUUGUGUUGCUA